UUCAGUCUGAAGUUAAUUUGUGUAAAGUUUUUAAGUUGAAGCCAAUCUUCUCAGUUUUGGACAAGUGAUCUUGACUGAUCCUAGCAUAGCACUCGCCUUUUUAACCUGAAUUCUCUUCUGUGCUCAGCCCUCUAAUUUUACGUCAAUAUCUGUAAAAUGAUGCGGUUUUGUUCAAUGGAUAUCACAAACACUCAUUCUAAUGCAUGAACUUUAGAAGCACUUGACUUUUGUGCUUAGAAGUUGCAAGCCAAUGAUUUGACUUCAGUCCUGCUUUUAAUGCUCACAGCUGAGAAACCCAACAGUCCUCCAUUGCAUCGAUUUGACUUGGAAGCUCUUUAAAUGUAGCAUUUAAAUGUUGGGUUACAGUUGUACAAGAUAUUGAUAAGGCUGCAUUUGGAGUGUUCAGUUUAGGUCGCCCUAUUAUAGGAAGGAUGUUAAACUGGAAAGAUUGCUCGUAAGAAGUUCAAGGAUGUUGCCAGGACUUGAGGGCCUGAACUAUAGGGAAGAGGUUGGGCAGGCUAGGACUUUAUUCCUUGGGAACACUGGAGGAUUAUGGAUGAUCUUGGGUGUAUAAGAUCACGUGGGGAAUAAAUUGGGAAAACACAGAGUAUUUUACCCAGAGUAGGAAAAUCGAGAACCAGGGGGCAUAGGUUUCAGGGAUGAGAGGAAAGAUUUAAUGGGAUCCUGAGGGACAAUUCUUUUCAGAGGAUGAUGUCUGUAUGGGGCAAGCUGCCAGAGGAAGCAGUUGAAGAAAGUACUAUGGUAACAUUUAAAAGGUAUUUCCACUGAUAUGUGGGUAGGAAAGGUUUGGAAGGAUGUGGGCCAAACGCAGGCUGGUCAGACUAGUGUAGAUGGAAAUUUUUGGAUGGCAUAGGCAAGUUGGGCAGAAGGGCCUGUUUACAUGCUGAAUUACUCUAAAUAGACAAGCCCUCAUUGGCAUAUUUUAACUCUCAACAGUGCAUCCAUGGAUAAAAAUGCAAAAUCUGUGCGUACGUCCAAUAUAGUCAAAGAUCUAGGAGUUCCUGAAGGUAUUGCUGUGGACUGGAUCUAUAAACAUCUUUACUGGACUGAUUGUGGCACAAAGACAAUCUCUGUUGUGAAGUUUGAUGGAACAAAAAGAAAAAUCCUCUUUGAUGCGGACCUAAGGGAACCAACUUCCAUAGCUGUUAAUCCACUCGCGGGGUUUGUUUACUGGUCGGACUGGGGUGAGCCAGCAAAAAUUGAAAAAGCAGGGAUGAAUGGUUAUGACCGUAGCCUUCUGGUUUCUAAAAACAUUGAAUGGCCACAUGGCAUUGCUCUUGAUCUGGUGAAAGGUCGGCUCUAUUGGGUUGACUCAAAACUCUACACAUUAUCAAGUGUAGACUUGAAUGGUGAAGACAGAAGAAUUAUCUUGGUGUCAAAGGAACUCCUGGCUCACGCCCUUGCAAUUACCAUAUUUGAGGAUAAUGUGUUCUGGGUUGAUGGAGAAAGAAAAGCACUUUAUGGAGCCAACAAAUUUACAGGUUCUGAUACAAGGCUUUUGGCCUCGGACCUUCAGGACCCUCGUGACCUUGUUGCAUAUCAUAAGCUGACUCAACCAUCGGGCAUCAACUGGUGUGAGAAUCUGAAGACUACAAGCUGUGAAUACAUGUGCCUUCCAGCUCCACAAAUUGACAGACAUUCUCCCAAAUAUACUUGUGUGUGUCCGUCUGGGUUGGAGCUGGAUAAGGACGGGCAAAAGUGCAGGAUGGGUAUAUGUGAGUUUCCCCUUUAUCCACUUGAUCUAACCUAGAUUUGUAGGAAGGAACUGUAGAUGCUGGUUUAAACCAAAGAUAGACACAACAUGCUGAGUUACUCGAGCUUUGUGUGUCUGUCUUUGAAUUCCAGGAGAAAGGUAUUGAUUUAAGACAUUACCACUUGGCAGUCUAAAUAAU